CCGCCUUAAACAACUUCAUUUCUUCUGCAUAAACACAACAACUCUUCUGUUCAUAUAUAUGUGUGUGUAUAUAUAUAUAUCAGACCAAAAUUCCGUCAACAUUUUCAUAAAUUUAGCAUUAAUCAAAAGAAUCAAUUGCUUAAUUUUCGACGUUUUUUGUCUGCAAUGGGCGAUGAUGAUUCGAGCAUGAUCAAGGUAGGUGCAGUGGGGAGCAAAAAUGGGAAUCCGUGGGAUGAAAAGGGUCGGAAUAAGAUUGUUCAGAUAUUCGUUUCUCACGACGAUGAGAUCAACUCCAUCCAGUUCCAGUAUGCUGAGAAUGGAAGUCUUGUGCUGUCUGAGAGAUAUGGUACUAAUGAUGGCUACAAGUUUGAUGUUGUGAAACUGAAUCACCCAGCAGAGUACAUAACUUGGAUCAGUGGGCACAAGAGCUACAACAACAGCCAUUUAUGUUCAAUCACAUUCGGCACCAACCACGGAGAGUACGGCCCGUUUGGCAGAUUCAGCGGCCACGACAAAGAAUUCAGCUUCCGGUUGGGAGAAAACCGCCAGUUUGGUGGUUUUCAUGGCACUGCUGAUUACAAUAGUGUGAAAUCUAUUGGAGUUUAUCUCAAGCCAAUCACAACCUUGGACUACUCUGUUAAAAAGAACAUUACAAAGGAAGGUGAGUGUUGGGAAAUGUUGAAUGGGCUGAAUGAGUAGUUUUGUGAGGAGGGUCAUGGUGGAAGGAAGGCCUCCAAGAUCUCGUCUUGGAGUUGAUUUUUGGUGGUUUUGGAGUUGUUGAAUGUAAAACUUUUGUGGGUUGCUGAAUUUUUAUGUUGACAAGCUAAGUUUUGGGUAUCCAGGAAGCUAUAAUUUAAGU